CGGCUAGUGGCCAUGCACUGGAGCGACAGCACAAGCCCCUGGCGGUCAGGGCAUCGGCAGGCAAGCUAGUGCUGUUCAGGGAGCUGACGGUCAGAGAACCAGAGGAUAAGGUGCCGCCAGAAGGAAACGUCCACCAACAACAAAGAAGAAGGAUGAGCAGGUAUUCAUUUUUUGUUUCGAUUGGUACUUGUUGAUUGCACACUUUGUGAUUAUGUACUGUUAAUAGGUAAUUGUUGAUUGUAUAUUGUACAAUUGUAGAUUGCUAAUUGCCGAUAAUUGAUUGUACAAUUGCUGCGUAGAGAAAAUAGAAUUCCUUAUUCCUGUCACACUAUUUUCAAUGCUUGAAUAUAUUAUUGUAACACAUGGUCGGGGUGAUCAAAUGGAAUUGAACAAUUCAAAUGUCAUAAUUGCUUGUGAGUUGAUUGAACAAGUUAGAAUAACUUUCGCGAUGACCUGGCCACCGCUCUCACUCUUUCCCCGCGCCAAAGAGACCCCGACGCGAAUGGCUUCUGUUCCGCUGCUUGCCUGGCUGCCUCCCUCUCACCCCUUUGCUGUUUGUCCUCACGAUCGCUUCGAGCCAUUGGAUCAGAUUUGAACGCAUUCGCAAGUCACCGAAUCUGCGUCCGGCGCGUAUUCAAUGCGACGGCCUCGCACGGUUACGAUUACGACACGGCGUCAUUGCGCGACACGAGUCCCGCUCGCCCCACGUCGUUCCGCGCCGCGCGGGCUCGCUCGUUCGUCGUUCCGUGGCGGCUGAGGCCUGACGGCAGCGGCGGCGGAGUGGAGCAGGCAGCGGCGUCGAGACUCCAGACAUGGCACAUAGAGAGGCUGACGCGCCGAGCGAGGGCACCGCCGUCUCCAGCAUUAGGACGGUGAAGCUCAAGGACCUGGUCCCGGCCGCGACAAACACGGUGAACACGACGUUCAUCGUGCUCGACAAGGCGGCGCCGUCGGCCCGCCCGUCCCACCGCCACCCGCACGCCCAGGCGGCCCGCGACAGCGGAGGCGGCGGCGGCAGGGAGGAGAAGGAGGUGACGUGCCUGGCGCUGGUGGCGGACGAGACCGCGGCGGCGCACUUCCUGCUCUGGGGCGGCGAGUGCGGCGCGUUCGAGCCUGGCGACAUCGUGCGGCUCACGGACGGCAUCUUCUCGUACCACAGGGGGAACGCCCUGGUGCUGCGGGCGGGCCGCCGCGGGCGCGCCGAGAAGGUGGGCGAGUUCACCAUGCUCUUCGUGGAGACGCCCAACAUGAGCGAGCUCCAGUGGGGGCCCGACCCCAAUGACGGCAGAAGGAUGGUGCAGGAGGCCGUCGUCUCGCCUUACUCCCAGAUCUUCAAGCCGCUGCGGUGAUCGUACUUCCAGUUGCGUCCGUCUUGACUCGUGGCCUUUGCCGUUCUUUGUCAAAGCCGGGAUGACAUCUACCCUGUUCUCAAUGUUUUUUCAUAUGUUUCAGAGUUUGCUGCACAUGUCCAAACUCGUGCACGUACACAUUCACAUUGUGAGAUUCUAGCUUCCAAACCAUGGCACCGUACCAUGUAUAAUUUU